AUGUCGGACCUAUUCCAUCCAAAGACAUAUCAUCAGCUGCAGACAAAGUUCAUUGACACUGUAAUACCAGACUUGAAAGAAGAUGGCAUCACUUUAAACAAUUUUGAAGUUUUCGAUGACCUCCUCACGAUUUUAGAAGCAUCUUUUAGAGCCCAGGACAGUUUCACCGCCUCUGACGGGAAGCAGCAUAGUCUACUACCCAUCCCCUCGAAGGAAGCGCUACAUCUAGUUUUCACGUUGGCCUCGAGGGCGUCUCGAUCCAACUGGACUGCGACCCAGUCAUUCACCAAGAAUGGAGUUGGAGAAACUCUUGAACACAUUCGGAAAUCAAACCUGUUCAACCAUGCCUGUUUGCAUAAGUCACCACUCAAUGGCCGCAGUAUUGCCGUGCUACAGAAUUACGUGAACCUUGCAAGAAACACCCAGAGCAAACUGCCGUUGUAUGAAUUGUUAGUAUCUUGUGUUUCUGAUUUCAUCGCGAAACCCAACUUGAAAAAGAAUACUGCCUUUUUCAAAGUCGACACCCCCAUAGAGACCGAGCAAGAUGCAAAAUUGGAAAAGCCGGAGCCAAAACGACGGCGGGUGGUGUUGGACAAGAGUGGGAGAGAAAAGGAAGACAAAAUGAUAGCCAUUAGCGACUCUGACUCGGACGGUACCGCGGACGUGACGACAAGUAUUGUAGAAUCUCAGCAGGAUGCCCAGCAGGGGUCACAGGAAACACUGAAGGAUCUGGAACUACCCAUGCUUGCAAAGAUCACGGCUCGACCGACAGAGACUUGGAACGGGUUACGAGUUUAUGAUGAGCCUUUGCUCAAGGACAAGAUUGGUGGUGCGAGCAGAUUCAAUUUGUGGGAAUUGAUCAACUGGGUCUUCUACUGCUCGGGCUUAUCCAGUUUGUGCUACAAUGGCGAACGAACGGCGUGCCAUUCAAUUUACGAGGCGCAGUCGCAGAACCUCGGCAUAAUCUUUGACGUUAUUGAAAUGAACUUGGUGGUUGAGUUGCAGCAGCUAUUCUCAUCUGGCGAUCCCUAUCUUUGGCUCUAUCUGGCCCCAGCAAGUAAGAAACGAUUGGCGUGCUUGCGAGUUGAAGAUAGCAAUAGCAUGUUGCUUCUGCGGUUGACAAAGGUCUUGGGGCAUUCCCGUUUGCGGUGGUACGAUCGCAUAGUUGAAUUCACUUUGAACGGGCUAGCUCCAGAAACGGCUCCAUUCCCCGAGGCGUGUUAUCCGCAUGAAAUGACACUUGUCAGGAAGGAAGCCAAUAGGAAGCAAAAGAGACCCACGAGCAACGGAAGGGGAGGCCAAAACGUGGAGCACGUUGAGCAGUCGGACGACAAUGUCGACUCGAUGAACUUACGUUUCAAGAUUUGCAAUGUUGUCUUUUACUGGAGUCUUGCGUUUGACGAUAUGAUGGAGACCAACAAGUUUCUAUUGGGAAGGCGAAGUAAUGCCGAGCAGUUGAAACCGCUGAUUUUCGUUAAAGAACUUUGUAAAAAACUUGAAGAUGUUGAUCACCGAUACCUCGUUGAAUUCUAUCUUUCGGCAGCAAACCCCUCGCAACAGAUACCGGCAAGGUAUAGAAAUAUGUUCUUGGUCAGGCUUUCUAGCGGGUUGCUCAGGAGAAUCACAAGUUCCCUCAGCGAGGAUUUCGAGUUGAAAACCCACUUUGAUGAUGACACCUACCAAAUCGAUAACCUUGAUUUGAUCUUGAAAUGGAUCAACGACCCGCUGGUUUACUCCCUGGUUACAGAAAACGAGCUAUUUGGUUCCUUUGACGAAUUCUAUCAAACGUGGAUGAAGUUGAACUUUAUACUCGAAUGGCUCUUGAUGUGGGUGUUUCAAGAUCUCCAAGCCGCUGGCAAUGACAUUUGCACCGAUCAAUUAGUUAUCGACGAAUUGGCCGAUGGCGACGCGGUACGCGACGAGAAAUAUUUUGGACAUAUCAAGCAUUGCCAAAAGCCUGUCGAGGAAACAGGUUUGAAAUUUCAAGUUUCAAAAGAGAUGGCUGACAUUUACGAAGCGAGGUUUCGAAACCAUGAUGACUAUGUAUCAAUUGGAGACUACAUGUGA